CAUUGCUCGCACCUUUUGAGCGGGUUUUAUUUUCUGAUCGUCGUCUUUUGCAAAAACGAAGCUGCGCAUCGAGAAUCUGUUUUGUUGUGUAGUUUUCAGUUGCUAGAAACGGAAAAUAAUAUCGUGAUUUCGGUUAUCGGUGUUUUGCUCUGAAUUCCAUGUGAAAUAAGUCGUGAAAAACCUCUUCGCGCAGGAAUCCAUCGAGGGUACUGCAUUGGAAAAAGAAACCAUUGCUACCACUCCGCUAACCCUUCUUCCUCGUCUGCUUGGUCAAUAGCCCAUAAUCGGUAAAUUACUAAUACCGCCAUCAAGCUGGACGGAAAGGAAUUAAAAGGUUCCAGCGGCGCUGCUGCUGGAAGUGGCUGUGCUAGUGGUAGUAGUAAUUCUAAGAACCGCAAGAUGGUAUCGAAGAAAAAGGACAGGGAAGCGGAAGUGGCCAAGCAGCCUAAAAUGGAACAACUCCAGACGGACCAUGAGCUUUUUAUGCAAGCCUUUGAAAAACCAACCCAGAUAUAUCGGUAUUUAAGGACUCGAAACAUGAUAUCGCCCAUAUUCCUGAACCGAAACUUAUCAUACAUGCGUCACAGGAUGUCCCGUUCACAUAAAAGUCGUAACAUCUUCAAAAUUGACACAAUGUUGGCUCAAAAAAUGAACAAAAUACGUAACGACAAAGUUAAUGGAUUGUUGCUGACUGGCGAAUACCUAACAAUACUAUUUCUGGGUUUUUACGACCAAAGUCACGUUGACAAUAUAACAGAUGACUCGAAAAAUGUGGAUCUUGACGAGAAUGGUGCUAAGACCGUACAAGUGGAAACGAUUCUCUUGAAAAUCUCACACAACAAACGCAAAGAUAUCUCGUCGGCGCUGAUGCAGGUGGCUGUAGGAAAAUCCGAAGUGGUGGUGAAUCCGAUGGAAAAAGUAGCUGACGACAAGGUGCCUACAAUCAGUAUUGCUACAGAAUCAUUCAACUCGGUGGGCGUAAAUCAGGUGGCUGGGCCACAAUUGUCCUUUCUUCUGCUGUUCAGGAUCCAUAUGCAUUGCAAUACGGAAAACAGUUAUUGCGCUAUAUCGAACGGAACUGAUGCGUAUGAAAAUGGUGGAAGUGAUGAAGAGCCUUCGGCGAAGAGACAAAAAUUGAGCGUUACAAGCAAGUUGUUCGGAACUGAGCUGAUCAUAUACGACAAAUACGGUAGAUGUUUGCUAAAAGAAGGUGACUAUGAGCUUACCGUACAGGAGAUCUUGCCACAUCAGCAACAAAUGCAAAAGUAUAAUUCACCGAAGAAAAAUUCCACCUGGGAGACAAUCCAGCCACUGAAUGGCGAUCGCAACGACGUAGACAUAAUUGACAUCUACAAACAGAACGGCCUCGAUGAUCAAAAUCCUAUUGUUUUGUUCAGUAAAUCACCAAGCCUCAAGUUUCGUUUACAGUGGACUAAAGAAGCAUUGCCUGGUCUAGUGGAUAGACCGCAACCCGUAACGAUAAACUUGAAUAACAGCAAUGACAAGGAGAAUCAUAAACCUGAGGCACUUUCGUCGUCAUACAAAAGGAACCUCAGCAUUAACAUCAAUAACAAUAGUAUCCUCACACCUGCGGCAGCUGCAGGUAAUUCCAAUAUCACUUCGCAGUUUGACGGAAAUACGGGUGCACUUGUGCCUAUUGGAGCUACUAACCAAACCUCUGGUUCCACAGAACUGAAGCAUUACGCCGAUGAACCUAAAAUUGAUCACAUCAUCUAUCAAUUCGUGUACAACAACAAUUCUCGUCAACAAACAGAAACCAAGUCGGAUUUCCACUGCCCAUGGUGCAGCCUGAACUGCGGUACACUGUAUCCAUUGCUAAAACACUUGAAACUUUGCCACGCAAGAUUUAUUUUUACGUACAUACCGAUACCAAAUGGAGCUAGAAUCGAUGUGUCGAUCAAUGAAAUGUACGAUGGUUCAUACAACGGAUCACCACACGAUUUGCUUGGUAGCGUUAACGCAUUUUCUCGACGAGGUCCUAUGCGCAGAACUGUUGUCACGAACCUGCUCGUAUGCAGACCACGGCGUCAGAAACAUAGCCUGACCGAGUUUAUCGAGUGCGAUGAGAAUGAAUUCGAUAGUCAGCGACCGUUCAUCACUGGACAUAGCAGAAUGUACCACCAUACAAUGACCUGCCUACCGGUUCAUCCAAAAGAGUUGGAUAUCGAUUCGGAGGGUGAAAGCGAUCCACUGUGGUUACAGUACAAAACGAUGCAAAUGAUCGACGAGUUUACCGACGUGAAUGAGGGCGAGAAGGAACUGAUGAAGAUGUGGAAUUUACAUGUGAUGAAAUAUGGCUACGUUGGUGAUUGCCAGAUUCCAGUCGCAUUGGACAUGUUCAUCAAUUGUCGAGGACGUGAUUUGCUACGGAAAAAUUUAUACCGGAACUUCGUGCUCCAUGUGGGCUCCAUGUUCGAUUUCGGAUUGGUUUCGCCCGAAGUAAUGCAGAAGGCUAUUAGAAAAUUACAGAAUUUGUUAUUUGAACAUCCAGAUCUACAAAGGCAAGUUGCAGCAUCUCGAAAAGAGCAGAUGGAAUACUGGAACACCGUAACCGUACACAAACAGGUUCAACCAAAGACGGAGAAGACAACGGAUAGAGCUGGCGCAGGCGCAAGCGGAACCCCGUCCACUCCUUCACAUAAAUCUAGCGCAUCUGGGUCCGGAAACGAAAAGAAAGUCAAACCAACAAUAACACCUGCGAAGAAUGUCAUCGCUGGUGCAUCUUGCAGCUCCAUUUCGGCCAUUGACAAAAACGCCAUUUCACAACCCCGUCGUAGAAGUGCCAGUGCUGCGCUUCAUUCCAAUCCAUCAUUAGCCAACAACACUGCCAACAAAGAUACACAUCAUUCAUCUGCCCACACCAAUUCAUCUCAAUCGUCUUCUUAUGCUUCACACUCAAAUAAACGAUCGUCCACUACGGCUAGCGGCAGUAAUGCCACCAGGAGCAACACCUAUGCUAAUAGCGGCAGCAGCAGUGCCAACAAUGCCUCAACUAUUACAACAAGAAGAAAGUCUCUUUCCGUAGGUACACAGCGAAAGCGAUCUAUCAACUGACCUUGAUUCUAAUUGUGGGCUGGUGUUAGAUGGAAUCGUUAACGUAAACUGCCUAAUCUGCCACUUAGUUGGCUUGCUUAUGCCUGAGGUAGAAGCGAAGCCGAUAUUGAUAUCAAAGAGAAGUCUUAAAAGAGAGAAUGUGAUUGUAUGUUUGUGUAUGUUUGUAUAAAUCAUAAAUUGGAGUGAAUGUGUAAUGUUUUUGCAUUUUAGAAUUAGCUCUAGAAUAAUUUGACUAAACGUCCUACAUCGUUGUAAUUCGAAAGAAAGGAAGUCGAUACAAAAGGAGCGAAUAACGCAAAACGAUAAGAUUUUGUAUUCAUUUUUGAAUAUAACCAGCAGAAUGGCAAUGAAACAGUAAUAAUAAGCAGCCAACGGUUCAAUUCACUAGUUAGUAGGAAUGUUGAAUCAGUUAACCAAUGAGUUGUAGAACCAAGCAAACAGUGCCGUUCUGUGGCAAAACUAGGAAAAAAAUCGUAAAGAUAAAUGGACUGUUCAUUAAACUCAAGGAAACGUACAAGCAAAGGAACACGCAUAUGCCAGUCGAUACUGUAUGUCUAUAUGUAGAACUAAAGUAAAGGAUUUCUUUCACUACAGCUUAUAUGUCAAUCCAUUUAAUAAGAGUACUACAAACAGAUUUGCCAUUGAACAAUAUUUUCGAAGCUCAAUGGUUCAUAUAUGUAUUUUAUAAAAUGAAACAAUGGGAAAAAAGACAACACGCAAAGUUGAAGAAUUUUGUGAAUUUUUAGUAACGGUUUUUGUGUGAUUAGUGUACUUGAUUUCACGAACUGAGGUAAUUUUCAAAGGUCACUUUACGAAAUAACACCUUGAAGGUCUCAUGUGUAGCCAAUGUUUCAAUGUUUUCCUAUUUCCAGCUCUGAAUAUCUGAGACACUUUUUAGAUUAGUCGCGAAAGUUAUUUGUUUUUGUAUUUCUAUUAAAGUCAUUUCGCUGCAAAUAAGCGAUUCUUUACCUUUUUAAACGUUAACCUGUUCCAAGCAAGACUUGAAAAUGGCUUAAACUUGUUUUCAUUGCGUAAUUUGAGUAUUGCAAUAAAAGUCGGUAGAAACAUA